CGAGUAAGUAUAAGACAAUCUUAUGAGAAAUCCUUUCCAGCUACCAGUACUGUCAUUGUACUGUUUUUUCGAUUAAAGCCUCGGAAGAGUUUUUAAUGGGAAAAUGUUGGUUGAGUAGACGAAAGCCUGCUGAAAGAAAGAUUAAUUAGUAAUGUGACUUUCCCUAUUUCUUGAGAAUGGCACCAGCACGAAAAACAUACCAUGUAGGGCUUCUGUCAGGGGCACCCAACGACAAUUUUCGGAAAAUAUCUGUUCGGAAGACGAUUUGAGAUCUAAAAUUUUCGGAACAUUUGUUGAAAAAUUUCUUGCUUGCCUGCCUCUCCUAAGAUUUUCGAACAUCUAAAAACUACUAUAAUUGCCCAUUUUUAACGGAUUUUUACCGUUAAAACGUCACCUAGAAUUUUCGGGAGCCUUUUUUCUGGCUGAAAUUUUGGAAAAGGUAAGUUUUGAUCCCUAUAAUUUUCGGAUCACUAGACUUUCAGCUAGGAAAUCCGAACAGAUGAAAAAUUUUUAGGGGAUAAAAAUAUGCCUAUAUCUACUGUUUAAAUACUAAAAUAAGUUUAACAAUGCUAUGUUUAAGUGGUUUUGAACUAUAUUCUCGUUGGGUGCCCCUGUUCUGUUCACAUAUAGGAACGUUGAUUUCGGCGCGAUUUCAGUAACCGAGCGGAGCUUCGCCGCGCCGAUCCUCUUAAGGUGACGUUACACGGGACGAUUUGCAACGAGGAUUUUUAGCGCAACACAACGUUGCAAUGUUGGAACAAUGUUGUAACCAUUCGAAACAAUGUUGCAACGCUGUUACUCUAAAAACCGUCGUUUUCAAUCGUCUUGUGUAACGAACGUCACCUUAAAGUGGUGAGUCUCAUAUCGGAUAGAUGUUCAUACUAUUCCGGGUAGUUUUUGUGUCGGCAUGGAAAGCUAUCCCGUAGACAGUAAAAACCCGCAAGUAAGAACCUACAUUUUCUGGAGUUAACCUAAACAGGUUCUUAUUUAAAUGGUAGUUAACACAAUUUUAGGCUAUUUAGGUUCUUAAAUAGCUUCUUAUUUCUGUAAAAAAAAAAUUACAUAAAAAAACAAGCUACAAAACAAGAUGGUAAUCAGCCUAUUGGUCAAUUUCAAAAUGCGAUAUUAACCUUUUGCACUUUAUUUUUUUAUUACAUCAAUAAAUUAGCACUUUUAUUUGCACAGCAAUGCCAAGUUCCUAAUUCUCCAAACAGGAUUCUUGCACAGUUUUGCAGCUGCAUUUCAAUAAUAUGAUUUUAAAAAAUAAGAACCUGUUUUUCAUUUUCUAGCAGUAGGCUAAACAGGUUCUUGUUUAUAGGGGAUAUAAAUGGCAAAUUUUAGGCGAACAGGUUCUUAAUUUUCAGGUUCUUACUCGCGGGUUUUUACUGUAGUGUGAACAUACUCUAAGACCAAUACAAUAAAUGUGACUCUCAUGUACCGUGCUGUAGACAAACGAUAACUUUUUUGUGCUUUGGUUUCUUAACUUUGACUUCUUCUUUUUACUUUAUAAUUUCAGGUGGGAACAAGAGAAGGCCAGACGGGGAGUUCGAAAAACGUCAAGAACCCUAUCUGAAAAAUCCGAAGCGUUAGUUUCGGAAUCAGGAAAACAGAGCAGUGAUUCUUCUACGCAGAAUGAGAACUUUUCCAAUGAAAACAGCCGAGAGGGCACACUUUUGAAAUCAGAGAGUUUAGAGGAUGUAGAAAGCAAAGACUUGGACACUGAAAAGAAUCAGACAUCAGAACCAAAAAAUAAUGAAGCUACGACGAUUGUAGAACCCGAGGAGGUUGCUUUUGCGCGAGACGAAAUCACUACUCUAAUUGCGGAAGAAAAACGCACUUCAGAACUGAAAACUGAUUUACAGGGAAAACUUCAGCAAACAAGAAAGGAGGUUGAAGCUUUGGAGGAGCUUUUACCCAAGAAAAUCAGCAGCGAGGAAAAUCGAGAAAUCUUGGGUUUGCUGUGCAAAGUGCAUGAGCUAGAGAUAACAAAUGCCGAAUUACAGUCGAGCUCAUUGCUGAGAGAGAACUUACUGCGUCAAAAAGACUUGGAAAUGAAUAAAUUUGAGUCGAGACAGAGACUUUGCGAUGAAAUUAUUCAGAUGCAAAGAGGGUUCAUUAAUGGUAAGCUUCCUGUAAUGUACUGUGAAGAAGGAAUUCAAUUCAGAGCCAAAUAACAAAGUGAAAGCCGUUAAAACAGUGGAGUCGUUGGGUGAUUUUUAACUAAGCUUUUUGUGAUUAAGAUUUCUAUUUACAUCAGGAACCUGAACAGCGUUUCCUUGCUUGACUCAAUCUUCGGAUUGUUUCUUAGAUUUGAGUAUGGAAAUAUUAAUAGUACAGUUUUGUAUUGAAGAUAAAUUGCGCUUAAAUUGCAUUGCGUUUUACGCUUCGCUAAGAAUAAGUUGUUUUCUCAAACAAUAAGCAGUAACCAGCUACACCGUAUAAGUUGCUCACUCACCUGUUCUUUUCCCGCGCUUUGACGCGGGUCCAUGUCUUAGUUCUAAAAUCUCAUUGGUUCAUUUGAAAGCCUUCGUCUUAUGUUUUGGUUCAGCGGUACGUUUCUCAAGAAUAUGGAAAACAUUUGGGUCCCGAAAAACUAUUAGCAGAAAUUUGAUUUUUAAUUAAUUACAGAUGAAAAACUGAAAUUUUUUUACAAGAACGAGAAGUAUGUUGGCGUACUCGUGAUUAAACAAAUCAGACUUCCGCUUGUCAAUCACUCGUAUGAUUACAGACCCAUGUGUAGCCCACUCAGACACUGAAUUACGUCGGAUGUUACGGUCAGAGGGAAUGUGGAUAGCCGCUUGUUUAUGUUGGAAUGGAGUAUGCCCUUUGUGAUGUCCUGUUUUGUUUUUUUUUAAGAUUCAGGAGUCCAGUGUUCUGCAGAACUAGAUGCACUUUAUGAGGUUUACAUGGAGCAGUCGGCUGACUUUGAACAACGGGCGAACACCGCGAGUACAGAAGAAAACACGGCAACCUCUUUGAACUCUAUUCAAAAAGUAAAAAUUUACCUCUUUUCGUGCUUUACUACACAGCUCUCUGACUGCAUUUCUCCAGAAAGAAUUGCUUCCUUGAAUUGAGUUAAAGUAGAGUAUGAAUAGGGCAUUUAAAAUUGCUGCCAGCCUCUUUUUGACUUGAAACUAAUUUUCCAUGACAGAUUUUGGACUCGGCCUUUGGAACUCGGAAAUUGUUUCCCUAGCCAAGUCUAAAAGCGGAGCUAUGGUCCUGUUUAAUUGUGGCUACUUACUAACUAGAAUACAUGAGCUGAGACUGGUUGAAGGCUACAAGCCAUUGUUGUGUUAAUUUAUUUUUCUAAUGUAGUAAACCUUUUUUCAGGCAUCUCUGCUAGCGGGAGUUAAUCGACGAAUGAUGCCUUUGGCGCGAGAAAGAUUAUGUAAGUAUGUGUGCGUUGUGAAAACGUAUUUCAUUGUUAAAUUUCAAGCUAGGUACUUACUCCAGGCAUGUACCUCAGAGGUGGCCAAUCAAGUCAACCAAUCAUAACUAGAGCCGCUUUAGUGUGUAUUGGGGUUUCCAUCACCAGUGUUCUUGCUGUUUAGUGAAAGGAAUGAUUUUAUACUUUUAAGUUUCUACUGUAUUUAUAGAUUUUCAAACGCAAACAAAAGUCCUUUUCAAACUCCCUGCCUCGGGGUUAUUCUUAACAUGUUCUUAAAAUUUCGCAAAUUCCUGCCUCGAUAUUCUUACAAAAUAAAUUCUUAUAGAAAAAAGAGUGUGUAAAGCUGCCCAACGCGGAACGAGGGAAAUCAUUAAAUUGAACUCGCUUACCCUGCACCAUGCUAUCCUUAUCCGUAUCUUAGGUUUCUCACCUUCGAUUCAUGUUCGUUUUUUUUUACUCUGAUUCUCAAUUGUUCAAAUAAAAAGUGGUUUUCAUACCCUUCCAAUAUUGUGAGUUAUUAACGGCGUGUACUCCUUUGAAACGUUCCCUUUUUGGCGGAAAAUAAGGGAAUAACAGAGUGCGUAUAUAAACGUGGACAUAAUUUCCAGGGUAAUUCUUACAAAGUAACUGCAAAGCUUCCUAGAAUCAGUGACAAUUCUUAAUCAUGUACGUCGAAUUAAACUGAAUUGUUUUCCUUCUUAGUUACCUUCAGUAAGCUGUCGCCCUUGAGUGAAGAGACUCCAUCACGUAUGGUGUCCCUUCAGAACUCACCGGUAAAAAUGUCACGUGCCACUCCUUCCACUCGCCCUCAAAUGUCCGAUGACGUGUUCCUAGAAGAGGAAGCCAGGUGAGAAACUUCUUUCAUAAAUCAGAUCGGCUUAUUUGAUUUGUGCUGUUAAUAACUUUUUCCUGUUUUUCGUAAUGUAAUAGAGUGUUUUCACAUGACGUCACGGCGGCCAUAUUGAUGUCCCAAAACAAUGAAACGGCGGCCAUGUUGGUGUCCCAAACCAGACCUGUGGGAGUUGAACUCUUUUCUUAUGCAAACGCUUUCUUUUGUUCUAAUAAAUUAGCAUAGAAGCUCGCCACGUGAGUGAAAACACUCUAUAAGCUCCACCACUUAUAAGGCCAUCCCCGAUUAUAAGCCCCUCCCCCCCCCCGCCCUGGAUAUAAGCCCACCUCAGAUAUGUAUUGAAAUAAAUUAGAUUGCUGUUGGCUUCACUUUCGGCAGAUUUUUCUCAUCGUUGCAGAGGAGCACGUCAUCUUUCUUUUCAGUAUCACAUGUUCUUUUGAUGUUCCUUUUACAAAUAACACAUGGUCUCAUGGGAUAAAUAAUUAUCAGUGCAAAACGAACUUUGAUCACCACUGCUAUAGCUUGUUUCGAAGUGCUUUUGGAUCAGUUUAAGUUUCUGGGAAACUACCCACCUACCGCUCCCCUAAGCUAAUAUUCCCACUUACUUCUCACUUACGGCGAAAUGAUGGGUUAGGGGAGAGGUAGGUGGGCAGUUUCCCAGAAACCUAAAUUGUUUAACUAUAGUUAGAUUUGAGGACGAGAACGAGUACGAGUACAAGAUUUAACUUAAAGUUUUCUUCCUGUUUUCAAAAGCUUUAUUUUACGUUUUUUCCCCCAAAAAGUUAGCCUCCCACGCAGGCGUUUUUAGGGGAGCUCGUUUUUCAUCCCUCCCCACAAACGCCUGCUCAACCGAAGACAACAUUCCUUUCCCAUGCAUUGCCAAUCACAUCGUACUUUCCAAAUUCUGGAAAGUUGACCUUGACCGCAAGGUAAUCUGAUGAUUACUCGAUCUGCAAGAAACACUGGGAAAGCUUUCUGACCUCUAAUAAAUGUCAGGUUCAGAGCUGCAAAAAUAAGAUUUAGUCAAAUUUUAGAAUACUCCAUGCACUGCAUAACCUUAGCGAAGGAAAGAAAAGAAGGAAAACGGUAACUCUAGGGUCACGUUUUGGUCGCGUUUAGCCUGUCAACACUUUAUUGCACAACUGUUGCUUGGUCACUUACCACGUAAAUAAAACAAUGGGAAAGGAAUUAUGUUUUCGGUUGAGCAGGCGUUUGUGGGGAGGGAUGAAAAACGAGCUCCCCUAAAAACGCCUGCGUGGGAGGCUACAAAAAAGUUAGUACGGUUAUUUAUACUGAAGGAGGUUAAGCCCUUUCCCGGUAGCAAAAUGAUAAAAUUGCUUCCUUUGGAUAACUUGUUCCCGCCACCACGACAUUCUCGCCAAAACUCGUAGUAGAAUGACGGCGGCUAUCACGUUUCCCGCCAAAAUGACGCACUCGUAGUCGUCCUCGUGUUAGAAUCUAAAGCUCUCUAUUUCGGUUGUAAGCACCGUCGAUUAUAAACCCCUUAAGAUGUAUAAGCCCAGGGCUUAUAAGUGGAAGUUUACGGUAACCGUUUGGGAAGGCAUCAUGCGACAUGUUUAAGGUAGUGGGAUUUAUACUUCCAGAAACCAAAACAGCGCCUGAAGACUAGAACAAACUAAAAUUCUUCAGCGCUCGCUUACCAAGAAAGGUAUGCCCUGUAGCACAGAUCAAAUACCAAGACUAUAAUUUUGAUGCUGAAGGUUUGAAUGGUACUCGAAGAAAUUACAAGUCAGUGUUGUAUAUAAUCGACAACUGUUCUUGUUCGUCCUACUAAAAUGUUCACCUUGUCGGACACUAGCCUGUGUACCGCCACCGCUGUACACAGGCUGGUUGGACAUACGUCUCAUCCUAAAAAAAAAAAUACAUUAUUUUCAUUCCUGUAUGUGUUUUUCUUCCAUUGUCAGCUCUCAGCCAUCUCUCCCCACACCUAAGAAUAUUAAAAAGCUCCUCAGUUUGACCGACGAUGGUGACAGUGAGCGCACCUCACCGACGCCCUCAUCCAUGACUGAAGAAGUAAGCGAAGAAGUUAGGCCAGUGACUCCAGGUAGUCCUGUCUUUGCUAGGACAAGAAAAAUCGCCGAGAUAGCCGCACGACGACGUGUUGGACUCGAAAAGGGUCUUAGCCGAAGUAGACUGGAGAUUGAGGACGAGCUUCCUUCAAAAUCCAACUCUGUAACGGAUAUGCGCGCGCAUGACCAAGUUGUCGGAAGUCAGAAGGAGAAACCGGACUCAAGGAUACCAGUGAAGGCAUCGCUUAGCAUGAGUGACUUGUCUAUGAUUGACAGGAGAGCUGCAGACGCUUCGUCAGAAGACUCAGUACCUGUGGACAAGAGGAAAGGGGCUGUGAGGACUAAGGUGAACAAGGUCACUCAAAGGAAACCCAGAAGACUGCGAUCUGCCUCUUUGGAUGAUGGCAAGGUCUUGAGAGGUGAGUGUUGUUGGCUUCUAAACAUUAGUGUCGAUGUUCAGAGGCACUGAUUAAUAUUUUAAGUCGUUGUCAUCAUCGUCGUCGUCAUCACCAUCAUUAGAGACCUUAGGAUUCUAAGACAGGACGACUAGGAGAACAAGAUUUUCUCAAUACUAAGUAGAAGACACUCGAGGCAGGAUGAAUUUGCGUUUCACACAAUGUAAAGAGCAGUUUCUCAGAGGAAGCUCUCACAUACACUUCUGUUCAUACAUUGUCCUUAAUAAUGCCCUUCCCAGUGCGGUUUGAAAGUUAAAAUGGAUUUUGCGUUUCAUUUUCCUGAAAACUCUUACUAUAAUAAUACUUUCAGCUCACUCGUCCGUGUUUUAUUAUUAACUGAAUACAAAUAUUUUUAGUAAAACCUCGGCGCACACGUAAGGAAGAACUUCAAGAAGCAGCAAGGCAGAAGGCGGCAGCUGCUUUGGCUCAGAGGAAUCGGUUGUACGGAGGGCAGCACACAGACGUAAGAAAACAUGUUGUAUCGCGUCGAUCGAGAGGGUCAAGUCUCAGUAAAACCACAACCACGCAAAACACUGAUCAGGAAAGAGGAAAGACAGUCGUGAAAGCAGCUGGGUCAGCAGCUAGUAAUCUACUGGAAGGUCAGUGUUGAAUUAACGAUUUAUAGAUAAGUAAACUUGUUACAAUGUGUGGCAGGUGACUUAGGGUCAGUGAAACUGUGCCUCGCUGUGUCUUGGUACAGUUUCUUUCUCUCUCUUUCUCUCCUUUCUCUUUUCCGAGGUUUUUGUUUAAACAGGGUAAACAUACGUCUUUGUGUGUUUUUAAAUUCACAAUGAAAACAAAAAAUGAAAGUCGCUAACAUUAGUUAUGUUUUGAUAUUUUUCCUGCAUGUCGAAAGACUUGAGUUUCAUGCUAACAUCGAAAGCUAGAGUUCGAUAAUCGAUUAUGAAAGGAACUAACUCAAGCCUUUUUACAUGCCUUCGAGUUGAUGGCUUAAACACAUUAGUUCGGUAGCCUUUUUACAUGCCUUCGAGUUGAUGGCUUAAACACAUUAGUUCGGUAGCUUUCAUGCAAACUUCUCCUAUUUCUUGUUCUUCAACCUUCUAAACCCCAAUAUCCACAUACAAAUUCUCCAGACUGAUUAAUCUCUAUAAAUUUCCUUAAAGAAUUAGUGGAGAAGACUUGGUACAAGGUCAAAGUAUUUCCCCUUGGUCAUCAUUAUAACAUUUCUCGUGCCCUUGAUUUUGGUCUCUCUUGGGACUUCAGGGUUAAGGCAACAUAAAAACUUUUCACGAGGUCUACAUAAGCACUUACUUUAUUGGUCAUGGACAGUUGGUUUAUUUGUUGGUAAUAUUUUCAGGCGAACUUCAGACGUUCUGGACAAGUGUGACCCCGCCCUCCACUGUUCAUCAGUAUGGGGUCAACUACGGCAAGGGACACACCAUUCAAAAGAGAUACCGCGGACCAGCCGAGAUCAGCGGAACCGACUCGACCCAGUCCACUCCGAGACUAAAGCCAAGAAAAAAUCCGCCAAGGAAUGGGACCAAGUCCGUGGAUGAACUAUCUGUGAGUGGUGUUGCUGUGCGGCCCACUAAACAGGCAGCGGGCGUACGCAGAAGUUGAUAACGUCAUAAAGAGGUUGAACGUCUUUGGGUCCACUUACUCCUCUCAGAAGAUGAAAAUUCGUAAUUGCAGUGAUGUAAUUAGUGAAACAGUGAGAGACUGAUAAGAUGAAUUUAAGGGAAAAUAACAAUUCCAUUGCCAAAAACCUGGAAACAGUUUAAGAGUAACUGUUGCUCUUAAAGAGCCAAAAAGAUGACCUUCUCAAGUUUUAAAGCUUCCUUGUUAACAGUGACCCCUUCUGUAUAUGAAGUGUAAUACUACUAGUUCAAAAAUCCCGGACAGUCUUGUCAACUGAGAUCUUAUGCCAUCAUCUGUAAGAAGAAGAUAAUGGAUAUAUUUGUCAGCCGGUGGGCUUAAAGGAGUAAAUCACAGGCCUGACUCAAGUAAAUAAAUUUCUUUGUUCGAAAUCCAUAUGUACAUAAUGAAUGAAAAUUUACACAAUAGUACAUAGGCGCUAUAUAUUUAUAAGGUUUCUCAUU